AUGGCGCAUAUUGUAAGACUCGGCGCAUUAACAGAUGAGCUGGUUACCCUGCUCACCUCAACAUCUCCGAAGCCCAACCCCACGAAAUUCAAUCUAUAUCGCGAAACCGCUCUGCGAACUCUCCGGUAUUCUAAUUACCCGCGGACGGAUCAAUUUGAUAUUGCCCACCAGCUCGAUGGGCUGGAAGAGAAAUUCCGUGUCUACAAUGAAGAUCCGCUGGCGGAUGCGCUGAGGGAACGGCUCGACGAGUUGGCGAAAAGGGAAGGGAAACGGACGCCCGAAGUUCUGCAUCUACUUCUUGAGCUUUCGGAUCAACCUGUGUCGAAAUCAAGGCUUGAGGAUCUUGACUUUUUGAAAGAGCCAGAGGAGGAGAAGGGGCCGCCUUUGAAAUGGAGGGAUCUUGUUGCGGAAGAUCCGCUGCUGAGGGAGAAGAGCGUAUGGAAGAAUGUUGAUUUUGGUGCUGAGAGCUCGGAUGAGGAGGAUGGCGGGUUUGAGGAUAGCGGAUCGGAGGUCUCGAGUUUGACGGAUACUACGAUCAAGUCAAGUGUUGACGAUGAGAUUGGUAGACGUCCUGAAGAUCUCUUGGUUGAUACUUUGGAUAGGGAGGAAUUGGAGAGAGUGUUGCAGGCUCAAUUCUGGAAGAAGACUCCUAGUAUCAACGGAGUUAAGCUCGAAACAGUAAAGACGCACAUCACGGAGCUUCAGGCGAUCCGCGAAGUCCUGUUCAUGCUCUCGGGGUUUCCAAGUUCUCUAUUCGAAAUGGAUUCGGCGAAGCCAGCAGUCGUUACGCCUGCCAAGAGGUAUGCUCUGAAGCACGCUUCUAUGGAUGCAUUCCAACAGCUGGCGAACGAUUUUGCCGAUCAAGGUUCGGCUCUCAUGAUUCUACGGUCUUGGGCAAAACGGCCACAGAGCAUCCCAUUACUGCAAGUUCUACAGAAUUCCAUUGCGGAACGAGUAUGGGCUUUUGAGGCUUCAUUGUCCAAGAUCCAGCAGCAGUUCGUGGCACCCACUGAGGAUAUUGUUGUCAGCCUUAUCAGUGUGAAGACAGAGGUUACUUCAUGUGUACGACCCCUAAUUCGAUUAUCACAUAUCAUCAAACGACUAGAUAGUGAGCCAUAUUCGCACGCUUUUCGAUACCUGGAGAUGUUAUAUGACGAGACUUGCACAUCCCAAAUGGCCGGGGACGACGAGAUGUACGCUUUCAUGGGGAAGAUAUUCUUUGAAUGUUUUGAGGUAUAUCUACGGCCAAUCAGGACUUGGAUGGAAGAAGGAGAAUUGGGGAAAUCGGAUAAGGUCUUCUUUGUUUCCGAAGUGGUCGGCGAGGUCGAGCCGGCAUCAGUCUGGCAGUCCCGCUACAAGAUCCGUAAGACUCAAAAUGGUGUACUCCAUGCUCCAAGAUUUCUUCAUGCGGCAGCCAACAGGAUCUUCACCACUGGGAAGAGCGUCGUGGUUCUCAAAUACCUGAACCAGUUUGAGACAUUACAAUCCUUUCGAACUACCCUCGAACCUAGACUAGACUUUGACACUGUUUGCAAUCCUUCGGAACUCCAGCUUGCGUCGUUCCCGGAGCUAUUUGAUGUAGCAUUUGAUGCUUGGGUUCAGAGUAAACACCACUACGCCUCACUCACCCUCCGAAAGACACUUUUCGACUCAUGUGGUCUGCACACCUCACUUGAUGCUCUGUCGUAUCUCUAUUUCAUGGCCGACGGCACCACAGCGGCAUCAUUCACCAACUCCAUCUUCGACAAACUUGACACCCUGGAUGAAUCCUGGAAUGACCGCUUCACACUUACGGAGCUUGCGCAAAGCACAUUUGGUUCCCUCUCGCCCAUAAAUCCCGACCGGCUUCGAACGUCAAUCCUCUCUCUCCCUCAGAAAUACCAUGACGUCGCAAAGUGCAGGAGAUCCGUUAAAACUCUAGGCGCCAUUGAGAUGAAAUUCCAUCUUACGUGGCCCAUCCAGAUCAUCCUCACCCCAGCCACAAUACCCUCUUACCAAAGGAUUUUUACCUUCUUCCUGCAGAUCCGGCGAACGUCCCACGUUCUCUCCCGGCAACGCCUCGUCACAUUUCGUCCCUCCCAAUCCAAUCAUGCCGAUGAAGGUGUGUUGUACUACUCCCUCCGUAGCCGCCUCCUGUGGUUCACUUCCACGCUCUACUACUACCUUACCUCCCUCGUCGUCGAACCCAACACACAAGCCAUGCUCUCCCAACUCAAAGAAGCUGCAGACGUAGACAGCAUGAUCGGGGUCCAUUCCUCAUAUAUAAAAUCCACAGUGGAGCAGGCGUUACUAGGAAGCAAACUAGAACUAAUCCACAAGACCAUCCUCAAAAUUCUCGAUCUGGGGAUCAAGCUCGAAGACGCGCAAGCCGUGAAUGUGGUUCGGGAGCGCGAGGAGGAAGAACAGAGGCGGGAGAUGCUCGAUGUGAGCCUUGCAUCUCUGGGUCUCCACACGCCUCAGAAGCCGAAACAAAAAUCACCAUUCGCAUUCAAAACGCAAAGCAAAAAGAAGAAUAUGAAGAUGGAAGAAAGCAGCGAGGAUGAAGACGAAGAUGAGAAGGAGAUAGACGUAGACCUCUCGAUCCUAUCCUCGAACCUCGAUGAGGGAGAAGAGCCAUAUACCGAGAUACUGAGGAAGAUCAAGAGGGAUUUGGAUGCCCAUCUCCGGUUCGUGACGAAUGGGUUGAGAGGCGUGGCCAGGGCGGGCGGGGCGGAUCAGGCGCGGUGUUGGGAUGUCCUUGCUGAGAUGCUGGAGUCUGGGUUUGGGACAGGGCGCUGGUGA